GAGCUUCUCAGUUGCGUAACACAUCCAACAUAACAAGAAUCAUUGCAUUGAAAACCACAACAGUGCAGUCAAAUCGUGAAGGUUCAGUUUCGUCUGCACUGUACACUAAAGACCUUCUACACAUUGCUUUCCAGUUUGGUCGAUAUCGAUUGUCCAACAAGACUAAGCAUGGAGAAUCCUACAGCUUUGAAGGAAGAGAUCAUUUGCCCGCUGUGUUACAGUGUAUUCAACAACCCUCGCACUCUCCAAUGCCUCCACUCUUAUUGCGAGGACUGCCUUUAUCGUCUGCAUCAGAGCAGGCAAUUUGCGGACACUCUUGAUUGCCCCGAGUGUAGGGCAGUGACUCACUUGGAGGAGGAGGGGAUUCAUGGCCUGAAAGUUAACUUCAAGUUGAAGCGUAUUGUGGAAAUCUUGUCGGCCGAGGAGAAACGAGAUAUUGCCCGUCGCUUAUCCUUUCGUCCUGUCCCUGCUCCCCGCACUCUCCCUCGUCCACAGACAUCGUCCAGCCCUAACUGUGAACAACACCCUAACAAACAGCUGGAGUACUACUGCACCCAGUGUCGAGUGCUCAUCUGCUCUCAAUGUAUGUUAGACUCGCAUCGAUUUCACAGAGACCCGAUUUCAGCGCAAGAUGCACUCAAGGAAAAAAUAUUUUCGCUCAAAUCAAGUAUUCCGCUUACAGAAAGCUUACUAUCCAAAGGUGAUGCUGUGUUGAGAAACAUGCAAUUGGAAAAAGAUGCCUUGUGGAGAUCUGUCGAAACGGAUGUAUUCAAUGCACAAGCAUACUUUAAAAAGAUUAGGACUUUGUUAGAUGAACGAGAAAUGGAAGCGUGUAAAAGCAUCGAAGCACGCGCUACAACAUAUCAAGCCAGGAUUGACAAACAGAAAAAAGUCAUGCAAAGUUCCAUCACUGAUGUGCAAAGAUCGAGGGCCACAAUCGAACAUGCGAUUGAGAAGAGAAGCAACGAUGUGAAGGUCCUUGUUGAGGAGGGGCAAUUCACUCAAAAGCUUGACACUCAAAUGCAGCACCUAACUUUAUUAAUAGAUAAAUCCAAGGAGAAGCUACGGACUACUUACAGAUCACCGUUUGUACCUGAUCCUGAUUUCGAAGCUCGAUGUAAAAUUGUCGGGCUGCAAACAGAAACGAACACAUCAUUGACAGCAAGACACACUUUUGUUGGCUCUUUUACACCUAGUAGAACACGAUCUAAUGCUACUAAAGAGAGAUUUGAUAGAGUUGACGUCAGCAAGAGCCUCGAAAGUUCACCAGACUUGAGCCAUUUCGAGCAUAAAAGGUUCAUUGGUAAUCUUUCGGAUUUGAGCUUCAGCCAAGAAGUGGAUGGUGCAACAAUCAUCACUCCUAGUGUUAUAGUAACCUCGGGAGGCAUUCUGGGACCAACCCAUCACACGCAAAAUGAUGCACAUCCUUGCGGAGUCUGUGUGGGAAAUUCAAGCACCCUAGUUGUAACAGAUUCAAAGCACCACUCAUUUAGCAUUCUCACGCCCACAGGCAAGUUUCUAAAUUCCAUGCAUACAGAGGGAAGCAGAGAUGGACAGCUGUUGGAGCCUACCGCUGUGGCCUGUAACAUCCAUGGGAAGAUACUGGUCGUGGACAAGGGACAGCCUCCCAGGGUGCAGAUGUUCUCCGACAGUGGUACUUUUCUAUCGAAAUUUAAAGUCAAAAGUCUCUCGUUUUCCUGCCACCUAGGGGAGCCCCUAGGGCUGGUUGCCCUUGACGACCGGACGGUGCUGAUUUCGGACAGUGAGAAGUCAUGUGUCCACAUCUACGACGAAGAUGGCAAGUAUCAGGGGAAGUUCGGCGACUCUGAGGUCAAAACCAAGCAACCGGCUGGAAUGGCUAUAGACAGUAGAGGCAAUGUCUUCAUUGCUGACCGAGGCAACCACUGUAUCUGGAUCUACACCUGCGGUGGACAAUAUGUCUCAAAGACUGGGAAACAUGGCAGUGCUCCUGGAGAACUAAAUUACCCGUACGGAGUCGCCAUUGACAAGAAGGGAAAUAUUUUUGUUUCUGAGAGCGGAAAUCAUCGAAUCUCGAUGUUUAAACCGGGAGGCAAGUUCGUGUGUUGCUUUGGCAAGAAGGGAUCUGAGCCAGGGAUGUUCCUGUACCCUCGUCACCUUUGUGUGGACUCUCAGGGACGAUUGGUAGUAGCUGAUGAACAAAACCACAGACUUCAGAUAUUUGAUAUAGCUGAUAAAUUUGACUGAUUUCAACUGCUUAUGCAGUCCGUUAUGCUAUUCUGAUUUUUUCCAUGAUUGAAA